GUAACGCCUCAAAUCGCAUUUGAUUUUCAGAUGGCUCUGGAUACUGUGCAAAAUGUCGAGAACUAUAUCAGAGACAUUGCGAAAGACCGCAGAUGCAGAUUUAGUGAAAACUUUUUGGAUUACGAUCGUUUAAGAUCUGGAUAUGUUACUGGUAACCAAUUCUUACGAAUCUUAAGGAAUCUGAUCGGUGUCCCGCUUAAGGAUUCACAAGAAAAACUCAUUUUCGAAAAGUAUGGAAUCGAUGGGAACCGAUAUAUCAACUGGAGGGAAUUCGUUCGUGCAAUAGAAGGCAGAUACGAUGGGAAUGAUUCCACUGUACCACCGGAAUUAAAGAUUCUUCAAACAAUAGAAUCUCCGAGAGUGGGUACAAAAUCGCAACAGAGGCUUUCUGUUGAUGGAAAACUGGAGACUUUCAGACCGUUGCUUUCUAGAAUCAAUCAAUUUAUUUCUGAUCAAGGUUAUAUAAUACGUCAAUGCUUUAAACAAUACGAUGUUCAUAAUACAGGCGAAGUAACUGAGUGUCAAUUUUACAGAGCGUUUCCUGGUCCUAAAGAUAUUAGUAACGAGGAAAUGAAAUCUCUUGUCCAUCAUUACAAAUCGUUAAUUAAUCCUGGUUUUGUGGAUUACAUGGCUUUUGAAAAAGACCUUAAGAUGAUUGAAUUUGAAGAAAAAACCUUGAGAGACAACGUAAUGCAUGUAAAAGAUAGAGAUAUUACUCAUGUCUUCGGAAAAGAGUACUUGUUAAGCCCAUCACAACAUAUGAUUGUUGAUCGCAUAAAAGUCGCUGUACGUAAUCGUGGUAUACGUGCUAUGGACUUUUUUGCCGAUUAUGAUAAAUUAAAACAUGAUGAAGUAACGGAACAUCAAUUCAAAUCUGCUCUGCUAUUAUCCGUUGGUAAGGAAGCUCAAUUAAGUGAGCAAGAGGUUCAAAUGCUUGCAAACUACUACCGCUCAACUACAAAUCCACAAUUUAUUAAUUAUCGUGAAUUUUGUAGAGAAAUUGAUGCACCUUUUCAGACACUGUACCUAGAGAAGGAUCCGUUAAAACCGAUUAACAUGCCAGGUAGAGGCGCUCUUUCACAGCCUCCAUGCGUAUUAAGUCAAGAGGAUGAAGUUCGUGUGUCUGAAUUAAUUAAAGAAAUCAAACGCCAAGUCCAUGAAAAAAGAAUUUUAACUUAUCCAUAUUUUCGGGAUUAUGAUAUGGGAACAUGUUUUUCGAGAAGCAUUACAGAUACACAGUUUGCAAGAGUAUUACACUUUCUUGGUUUGGAUCUGAGCAAAGAAGAUUGUCGUCGUUUAUGUCAGAAAUUUGCCAAUCCUACAAACGGUUGUGUUAAUUAUGGAGCAUUCUGUGAAAAAGUAGAUGACUGGUUUACGGCUGCAGCCCCUGUCGAUUUCGGUGAAAAUAACUCAGGAGACGUGAAUUUUGAAAUAUCGAAAAAUAUUGGGACAAAAAGCACGUCUGAAAUAGUUGAUCCGCAGUGUGGCAAAAAUCCACUUCGCCAAAAUCGGUUUUUAGCUGUAAUACCAACAAUCAGGUCAGCCGGGGAUCAAUGUCCCAUUGAAGCCUUAUUGGGCCGUAUCCGACAUUUAGUUCUAGUAAACAGUAUAUCGUUAAAACCUUGGUUUCAUGAUUUCGAUCAGUUACGUAGCGGUUAUGUCACACGAUCUCAGUUUGAACGUUGUUUGACAGCUGCAGGGCUAACGCGUUUAGAUCUACACGACCUUACACCAACGCAAGUGAACAUCUUGGCAGAUAGUUACGUUUCUUCAACUGAUCCCAACAUGGUGAACUGGAUGAAAUUUGUUAAUGAUGUAGAAUCAGUGUACACUCUGCCCGAAUUAGAAAAGCAACCACUUACUCGUGUACCACCACAAGAAACAUUUAUUCAACCUAAACCAGGCACGAUUGAUUGGUCAACGGCAACUGAAGAAAUGAAACAGAACUAUGAAAAUGCUAUGGCAAUUUUAAGACGAAGAGUAAAUGAACGUCGGUUGGUGUUAACUCCAGAUUUUGCGGCCUUUGAUAGUUUACAUCGUGGGAUUGUGUCGACGAAUAAUUUUCGUCAGCUAGUAAGCAUGUGUGGUUUUUGUUUGUCGCCGGUGGAAAUCGACGCUAUUAUAUCACGUUAUGCAAAUGAUGAUGGUUUCAAUUACUUAGAAUUUUUAAACGAUCUUGGUCCACCAAAAGAAAAUGAUUAUAAGUAUCCAGAACGUUUGGCUGAAUUGCAGAGGACAAAUAAAUUGAGUAAAGAAACAGUGGAAAUCGAACCAACAGUGAGGGAUGCUGAAGGUAUUAUGAAUGCAUUGAAAGCAGAGGUGUACCGCAGAAGUCUGAGAUUGUCUGACUGGUUUCGUGAUCAUGACAAACUCAAUCAUGGAUACUUACAUAGAAUAACUUUUCGGCGAUGUCUAGGGGUUCUCAACUUGAAAAUCAAUGAGACAAAUUUAAAUAUUCUGGAAGACAGAUACAAAGGUCCACUGCCUGAUACAGUAGACUGGAGAGCGUUUGUCAGUGACGUUGAAACUAUAUUUCAAACACCGAAUUUAGAAAAAGAUCCAUUAUAUGAACCCGGUCAUUAUAAACCUGAUACACCAGUUUCCCAGAAUCACUUGACACCCGAAUUGGCCUAUUCUGCCAACCAGGCUAUUUCAAAGAUAGCGGCUAAAGUUAAAGAACGUAGAAUACUACUGUUAACAUUGUUUAAUGAUUUUGACGAAACACAUCGUUUAACAGUUAAUCAAAGCCAAUUUCGUCGUGUCUUAACAACACUGGGACUUGGAGACUUAUUGACAGAAAGAGAAUGGACAGCACUGUACUGCAAAUAUCGUCAUCAAGUGGGUCUAGCGAACAACGUCAAUUAUCAAGCUUUUGUUGACGAUGUUUAUGUGGCAGCCGGUAUGGAUCCACGUAUGCCAUAGUCAAAAUCUGUUAUGAGCAAUUUUGUUCACAUUAUUUAUUGUUGAAUUGAUGUUUAAAUAAAGAUAACUGC